CGAAAUGUCAAAAUAAAUCUAACCUAAAAUUUUGCGUAAAGACGAGUCAUAAAUUGAGUCAAAAUAAUUGGCAUUUAUUUAAAUAAUUGAGUAACCAUUCCGUUGUUAAUUAUUGUCAAAACGUUAUUUUAAUUAAAAUGGCUGAAGAGAUACAAAGAAAACUACAAAAAGAGUUGGAAGUUUUCCAAGGAGUACAAAAUGAAUACCGUAAGGCAGUGGCACAAAAACAGCAAUUAGAUAGUCAACUCAAUGAAAAUAAAGCCGUUAAAGAAGAAUUGAUGUUACUUAAAGAAGAUUCAGAGGUUUACAAACUUAUCGGACCAGUAUUAGUGAAACAACAAUUGGAAGAAGCUAGACAGAAUGUAUCAAAAAGGAUGGAGUACAUUAGCAAGGAAAUUAAAAGAACAGAUGAUCACAUAUGUGCGUUAGAAAACAAACAGGAGGCUUUGCAGGAAACUUUGAAUAAAUUAAAGAAUGAUCUUGGAAAACUCAAGAUAAAAGCUUGAAAUUUGCAAUCACAAAAUAUGCUACUUGUGUAAACUAACUGUAACUCUUUUACUUUGUGUUACUAUUAUAACUAAUAUACUAUAGUACUUUA